AUGUACCCUCCGGGUUUCUUCGGCACCCUCAGCCCAGUGCAGCAUCAGGGGGCCCCCCAGGGGGCCCCCCUGUGUGGAUUGUUGCAUCAUCAGGGGGCCCCCCUUGGGGCCCCCCUAGGGGCCCCCCUGGGGGCCCCAGUAUCUGGGGUGUCUUCAGUGGUGUUGUUCCGUCGCUUUAGCAGCUUUAAUCAUAAUAUAGGGCCGCACAAAGCAGACCCUCCUGCAAGUGAGAAGCCUUUAUAUUUGAACAGAUUUGAUCAGGCUGACGAUCCGUCAUUAUUUGCUGUUGAGGCGGAAGCAGUACAGCAGCUGAAGCAGCAACAGCAGCAACAGCUACUGCAGCAGCAGCAGCAGCAGCAGCAGCAGCAAGGGAGCUUGAUUGAAGCAGCAGAUGUUGUUCAGCCUUCUAAUCAUCCUCAUCAAAGAAAAGGAUUUCUUAAACGCAUGCGCUAUUGGCAUUAUCAUCAGACAGCAGAACCCACAUUCCCAAAGACACCGGAUCUAUCCAAGGGAGAAUUGGCUGCGGGCGCAACGGUGACGCGUACAACUGUGUGGAAUACCUCAGCAGCAGCAGCAGCAGCAGCAGCAGCAGGAGGAGGAGCAGCAGCAGCAGCAGCAGAACCAUCAAUCGUAGCAAUAAGCCGGUUCUCUCCUAACAACUUUCGAGCAGUUGGAUAUGCAGAGAACGCCCCUAAUCCCAGCAGCAUCAACAGCGAUGCACAUCCAGACUUUAGAGAUUAUAGGCUGAAGAGCAGCAGCACAGACCGGAGGCCCUUCAUGUACUUCUUAUCUGCUUCCUACUUCUUCAUCGGUGCGAGCAUGAUGCGCAGUACGCUCAUCUAUACUCCUGCUGCUCCUCAUGCUGCUGCUGCUGCUGAUGCUGCUGCUGCUGAUGCUGCUGCUGAUGCUGAUGCUGAUGGUGAUGAUGAUGAUACUGAUGCUGAUGAUGGUGGUGAUGCUGAUGCUGAUGAUGGUGGUGAUGCUGAUGCUGCUGAUGAUGAUGUUGCUGAUGCUGAUGAUGAUGCUGCUGAUGCUGCUGCUGAUGAUGCUGCUGAUGAUGCUGCUGAUGAUGAUGCUGCUGAUGAUGAUGAUGAUGCUGCUGCUGAUGACGAUGUUGUUGCUGCUGAUGCUGCUGUUGCUGCUGCUGCUGCAACCACAACAGCUACCAUUGUUGCUUCUACGACUCCUAUUACAGCUGCUGGUGCUGCUGCUGUUGCUGUUGCUGCUGCAUAG